AUGAGGAUGCGUGCGCGGGCGGCAUUGGCAUCGUCGCCGGUGCUGCUGCUCCUCCUGCUCCUGGUGGGCGGCUGCGCCGGCGCCGUGUACAAGGUGGGCGACCUGGACGCCUGGGGCGUGCCGCCGCCGUCCAAGCCUGACGUCUACAAGCGCUGGGCCAAGUCCAUCCACUUCGCGCUCGGCGACUCCAUCUGGUUCCUGUACCCGCCGAGCCAGGACUCGGUGCUGCAGCUGGCGCCGGAGGCCUUCGCGUCCUGCGACCUGUCGCGCCCCGUGGCCAGGCUCGCCGACGGCAACUCGUUCUUCAACCUCACCGCGCCGGGCCGCGCCUACUACGCCAGCGGCGCGCCGGGCCACUGCCGCAAGGGCCAGAAGCUCUGGGUCGACGUCCCCAUGGCCAACGGCACCUACCUCCAGCCCUCCGCCACCGACCUCGCCGCGCUCGCCCCCACCCCAGCCGCCGACCCGCCCGCCGGGACCGCGUCCGCGCCGGAGGGCGCCAGCGCCUCGCCCGCGCCCCGCGCCGCCGCCGCCGGAUCCGUCGUCGCGCUCUGCUUCGCCCUCCAAAUCCUCCUCUGA